UAUUGCUUUUGGAAAGAAUAUGAGAAUUUUAAACGUAUGAAACGAGCGAACGAACAAGCUCUGUUUAAACUGAAAAACAAAUCUUUUAUUCUUGAAAGCGAAGAAGCUCUCGAAAUGAAAGAGUUUCAUAAGAAGUUUCCGUCUUACCGAAAUGUAUACUCGGAGUUUCUUUCUGUGCCUACUGAAGACGAAGACGCCGAGUCUCUGCAUGACCACGAGGACGUUGAAAAAGAAAGUACGGAAUGCGAUGCGCUGGUCAUCACUGAACGGGACAUCGUCUUUAUAUGCCAAAGCUAUUGCCUUUUUUCCACGGCUUUUUAUAACAGCUUUUACCUCGGGCGUCACGAUGACAUCUUUGCCUGUCUAAACUUUGAGGACCUUAUUAAGGAAGGAUGCAUGCUGGCGUAUCAUCUUAUUAAAGACUCGUUUUCUUCAGAUGUACCCUGCCUCCAUGAUAAGCAAAGCGUGUCUCCCGCGUACUCGGUUCACUUAAUAAUGAUCCAUAACUAUAUCAACAGCACAGAAAUGACAUGUGGGAAACCUUUACUUUUGGAACCACCGCGGUCUUUUUAUGAAACUGCCAACCGUACAGAGGCAUUGAAACUUCUCCCUAUUCUCAAAAAGUUUAAGAAGACCGUCUGCCUACUGCUAUCCCAGUGGCCGGAUCACCCGUCUUUGUGUCAAAUUCUUUCUCUUAUUGGACGAAUUCUAUCUCAUAAUUUGUCGUCUCCUUUAAUGAAAUUUCUAACGGGAUUGGAAAUUUUGCUUCAAAAGGCGCAUGAGUGGGAAGAAUACGCUUCUAAAGAUGUUUCUCUGUCGAUCCAUAUAAACGCCAUAAGUCAAAUAAUUCUUCAUUGGAGACAACUCGAAAUGCACGACUGGCCACUUGCUUUGGACCACAAACUUUUCGAAUUUGAAAGAGCGUCGAUGAGACUGUUUUUUGAUGUUUAUGAAGCCGUUCAGCACGGAGUACGUGGUGAAGGCUCCGUCGACCUUUCCGCUGUGUUUUACUGGUUAAAUGAGUUCUUGAAUACCUCGCCCGUGGGGGGUUACUCCAUGCGCCUGGAAAUCUUAAGGGGCUUCUACUUUAGCAUGAAAGUUAGCGCUCUUUCAGGCUCGCUACCUUUUUCCUCCCAGAAAAAUUUGCACCAGAUGAUGGAUCUCCUUUACAAUCUUAUAGAACUCCACUCUUCAUCUCUACAGAAAAUUAAACGCUGGAUUGUUUCGCAGCGUGCACCCUUUGAGGAAAAACUAAAAACUAUUUGUCAGCUCGCUAAAUGGUACGACGUAAACUAUUGGGUAGUGAUAGAGUCGGGGCAAAAGACACAUAAGCAGUUACACACGUGUACAGUUCAGUUUGGUCGCAUUUUGAAGCGACCAGUCUCCGAAGUACUGAAAGAACUUGUGAGCUGCGAAUCAUCCGAUGAACUUGAGAAUGAGCAUGGCAACGAGAAAAGCAUAAGAGAAUGUACCUCCGACUUCUCGAUGUCGGGAAAGUCUGAGGACAUCAUAGAGCUGACUGCCUUUCUUCCCGACCACCAGCUGAGAGUCUCAGAUGCUAUUUUCGCAAAAGUUCUGUCUUGCCUCGUUCACUUUCGCCAACACGACGAGUCGCUUAAGAAGAAAGCUCACCCUCCAUCACUUAAAGAAAAGACUUCUGAGCAGGAGGUUGAAUUCGCUUCCUUGUCAAAACAAGCUAAAGUUCAUAAGAGAAAAACACUUACGGACCUUUUGCGAAUGCUAAGUUUUCUUGGCUUUUCUUCCCAAAGCGUAGAAGCAAGAAAACAGUCAUACGAGUCUGUUGUUUUCUGUUCUUCGCAUGACCUGAACGACUCGCUGCUGCUUCUUAGAAGUUGCAUCGAUGCUCAGAGCGAUAGUACCAAGCAACUCUGCUCUUUUCUAGGAAACAAUGAGCACCUGCAAGACAGUUUAGCUAAAGGAACCAAGUACUACUACGAGUGUGUGUGCCAAAUGUUCGCCACCCGCCAAUCUGCGGAAAGUGGCUGCGGGUCAGAUUUAAGGGCGGACGAGAUCUCCAAGUGUAAAGGCUUCUCUGAAUUUGGUGUCCUGCUUCUUUCUAAGCAACGGAAACUUCUAAGCCUGCUAGCGCCGUCUUUGAGCCGUCUUAUUACUGCAGUUUGUAUGCUUGAUAAAGUUUCUCCUCUUUUAAGAAACACACCUUCGCAAAUAUUCACUCUUUCUCAUUUAUUGGAUCUUUUAACUUUUGAGGGGAACAUGAAUCAAGCGCUCUUUGAGACCGAGAGGGUUUUGCAUUGUGCCAGAGACCUCAUAGACCCCGCCGAACUGGUAGCCUUCGACGCGGUCACUAAAGUCUUUGCUGACACUUUUAAGCCUUCUCUUCACGCUUUAAUAUCAUCAUUGCCCAGCUUUGGAGGAUUUUCCAUGGAGCUCCUUGUGGCCCCCAACUCUCAUGAGCUAUUUCAACGUUGCUUUACGAUUGUUGAGACGCAGUUGUAUCCGAAGUUGCUGUCAUACGAGUCCUUGAGGACUUUUGGGCCUUCUCUUCUACUUAUUGCGCAACAGUGGAAGUCCUCAUCCCCAAUUGUUAAGCAUAAGUCUUCGACCAAUCCAAAUAUUGUUUAUACUACUCUUGAAGGCAUUGCGCACGCUAUACUUGUCCGGCUAAAGGCAGUUCGCACGCACUUAUUGGAGCGUCUAACUUCGUUUACGGGUGAUAGUGCCAUCGAAGAGGAAGAAUUUUUGAAGCACCAGAUUUUACUCCUACAGAAGAAUUUUAAUAUUAUUGGGAAGCACUUCGAUAUCGCAGUUAUAUGCGGAAAAGUGCACGAGUUCCUGCAACAGCUUAAAGUUAUUGUAGAUGAAAUUCAGUGCAACCGCUUGAGAAAAGACCUUAUAAAGCAACUUAUACUACUCAUUAAAAAGUUGUAUAGUGGCCUUUCGAGUUAUAUCUCGUUGGUGGGUUCCGUGUAUUAUAAAUUAGCGCUUUUUCACAUGUCUUUUGGGAAAAUGCACAAACUCUUGCUGAAUCUAUUUUACGAGCUCCUGGUUAAAGGCUUUUGUAUCCCCGAAAAUGCGCAAUUGGCGGAGUCCUCGGAGACCCGAGGCGGCAAAGAGGCGGGUAUUGGCGAAGGAGAAGGCGAGAAAAACGUCAGUGGCGAAAUCGAUGACGCGGAGCAGGUGUUGGGCACUGAAGGGACCAGAAACACCGACGACAAUGAGCCAACCAACGUGGAUGAAGAGGAAGGCAUCGAAAUGAACUACGACUUUGAAGGAAAACUCUUUGAUAUGACUCCAAUGAGUGACGAAGUUGAUGAGAACCAAUCGGAAUUCGACGAAAGUAAUGCGGAGGACGAGAUUGGUCCAGUAGAACAGGAACUCGUUGAUAAGCACAUGGCGCCAGCUGACCUUGAAGCCUCCCCUCAUCAUGAUUCGCGGCAUUCCCCCCAGCAGUUCGACGAAUUGGGGCAGACCGAACCUGAAACUCAGCCCGAAUUGACGGCUAAAGAGUACGAGUCCGAGGUCGAAGGCGUUAGCAACGAAGAACACAUGGAUUCUGACAGCAGCAAUGCAGCUGAGAUCUCGGACGAAUCGGCGUUACUUGACGAAGAAGAAAAACUUUUAGAAGAGGACAUCCAAGGAAGUGGUGAGGACGACGCAGAGUUGUCAAUGGUUGAAGCUGCCAGCUCUGAUAAGCCCACACCACUUGAGGACGCUAAUGACGAAGUCGUUAAUGAAAACUCUUUGGUUUGUUCGAAAGAAAGUGAACGGGAAGCUCUUGAUGAACACGAAAAAGGUGUCCCUGUUGAUGAAAAGGAGAAUUGCAGCAGUUUAGAGGCUGGUACCCCGAAUAUGACUUCGGCUGGUCAAGCACAACGGUCUGAGGAACAAGAAAGGAGUAUUGAGCAUAAGUCUGGCUCUCCACUUGCUCAACCAGCGGAUCAUAACGCGAAGCAAGGAGAAGUUGCUGCGCCAUACGAUUGGCCCCGUGAAUCUCACCGCAGUGGCAACAACUUAUACGGAAAACAGAAUUACAAUGCUGGAGAGAAUAAUCCAAUCAAUGAGCCCUCGAAAAAAGACCUCAAUGUAAAUCCUUUUCGGAGCGUUGGAGACGCCGCAAAGAAUUGGAUGGAAAGAGCUCGCGUUUUCGAUAUGGAAACUAACGAACUUGAAAAUAUUCUCGAUGCUUCCGAACAGAAAAACUGCAAUAAAUGUGAUUCACAUGAGUAUUCCUACAUCUCUGAAAAUUUUCCAUUACGUGACGAUGAUAAACAAGUUUUAAGCUCCGCUUCGAAAGAGCAAGCCGAGUACUCUUCUAAGAAUCAAGCAGAACCCGAAGAGAACGCUUCUGAUGCACGGAACUUUGAUAUUGAAUUAUUAUCGGGAACGAACGAACUAAAAAUGGAAGUUGACGAAUCCUCAAUGCUUCCCGCGUUGAAGGAACUAGAAGUAAACCGCAGCGAUCAGCACAACGCCGGCAAGCUCAGCCGCAUUUUUACAGAAAGUGAGAAGACUUUUGAGGAUAUAGUGGAUCGUGAGGGAGUACCCACAGAUUUGCUGAAUGAAAACAUAAAGGCCGAAAACAAAAUACUGAAUGCAGAAGAAAACCAGCACCAACAGUCUUUAGAGCAGGAAGACGCCACCGAACAGCUCAGUGCCAAACUGGAGGGUGCUUUGGUCAAUUGGAGAAAGCGUUAUCAACAGAACGAGUCCCAGCAAUCGCAAGCUCGCGCUGUUUGGAAGAAGUAUGAUUCAUUGACCCAACAUGCUGCUCAGGAUUUGUGCGAGCAACUUCGCAUUAUACUCGAACCCUCGUUGGCUACUAAGUUAAAAGGAGACUACAAAACCGGGAAGCGUUUAAAUAUGAGGCGCAUAAUACCGUACAUAGCCAGUCAGUAUAAAAAGGACAAAAUAUGGCUCAGGAGGACGAAGCCUUCGAAAAGGGCAUAUCAAGUUUUACUGACCAUUGACGAUUCGGAGUCCAUGUCGGACAGCUGCAGUACGGCUUUGGCUUUUGAGUCUCUUUGUUUACUCAGUAAAGCGCUGACCUUACUAGAGGUCGGAGAGCUUUGUGUCAUGAGUUUUAGCGACUCCGUAAGGCUUCUUCAUCCCUUUUAUGAGCCAUUUACUGAAGAAAACGGAGCCGCCAUUGUAUCUCAACUCUCAUUUACUGAAGGCACCACUAACUUUUCUCAAAUGUUAACGACAUCACUAAACUUCUUAAAGUCGUCAUCACGGAAAAGUCAUCUUCCCGUCAGCCAACUGCAGUUUAUCAUAUCUGACGGGAUUUGCCCAGAUCUGGAGGCUGUACACCAGCGUGUUGUAGAGAGUGUCAACGCUGGCGUGCUUCUUGUGUUCAUCAUCGUUGACAAUCCACAAGUGAAGCAACACUCUAUUAUGGACAUUAAGACCGUGACGUACCCUCGAGGGAAACUGAAGAUUAGCUCAUACCUGGACCUUUUUCCCUUUCCAUAUUACGUUAUUCUGAGGAACGUCAGUGCUCUGCCUUCUAUUUUAGCCGAUGCCCUCAGGCAGUGGUUUGAACUUUUUUCUUCUCAAUAAAUUCGUUUUUAUGCUCUAA